AUGAAUAUCUGGCUUAAAGUGAGAGUAUUAAGUCCAUUACCCAAAUCUGAGUGUGCUAAGAAAUUCAGUGAAAGAGGAUGCAGCUUCUGUCUCAAAGUUUUCCCCACUGCACAACAACUGACUUGUCAUAGAGCAGCUUGUCAAUCCCUGCCACUUUUGCCUCCUCUUUCCUGGGUGAAUAAGAGAAUCCAGGCAGAAAAGGAGCAGAUUCAUGGUGAAAGUUCCAAUAUUUCUGCCAUUGCAAUGGACUGUGAGAUGGUGGGUGGUGGUCAGAAUGGGUCUCUAGAUUUUUGUACACGAGUCUGCUUGGUAGAUGAGGAUGAAAAAGUGGUCUUCCAUUGUUAUGUCAAGCCUCCAAUUCCAAUCACAGAUUACAGGUUAUAA